AGAUAUGCAGCUGGCUAUGUGAGCUGAUGCGCUGACCCUGUGUGAUGAAAGGUAUCUCUGAUCUCCUCCCAAUCAGCAUUUUCUCCACUCUCCUCCCACCACAAAGCUUUCAGAGAUGAUUUAACACAGAGCUCCAGAGAUGAACAUGUGGUCUUUGUUCCAGAGUUUCAGGAGAAGAGAUUGCCAGCUCCAUGGGUGGUCUCAGGGUGUGUGGGGGGAGGAGGAGGGGGUCAUCAUGUGUUGGCAGAUGGAGAUUUUGCAACCAAGUGUGCAGCAAAACAGACAGGAUAUGUGUUUUACAAGUCUAAUGAGGGCGUAUUGGUAUGUGUCACUGAGUGGAGCUUCAUGCGGCUUCCUGAGGUUACCAAGCCRGUGCUGAGCGAAWCGGGCGACUUAUAUUUAGCCUUGCAAAUGGUGCGCUAUGGAUUAUGUCUUGGAGCUCUCCAGUUUCGUCUUCGGUGCGUUUUGUUUCAUGCAAGGACUGUGGAUGUCCAUGAGGCUGCUGUUCAGGUACUGAGCAGGUCUGUCUCAUAGUCUCAAACCAGCUCUUCUUUUUCCAUCUAAACUCCAUCUCCUUUCUGAACUCUGGAAGAGGCUUUUKAUUUUAAUGUCUUUUCCGCAUUGAGACAGCUUCAGUUUGGAUCCUAAGAUUUUGCAAGACAAACUGUAGCCUGGAAACUUUUUACUUUUUAGUGUAACUAGGACGUCRCAAUUUUCUUCACUGCAUUUUUGAAGUUUUGGCUCAAACACCAUGGAUAUUCUAGCCUUAGAAGCAAAAAGCCAAAAUGGAGCAGAAGCUGAAAAGAAGCCUACACCCAAGCCAAAGCCAAAAGCGCCCAAGAAGGCUAAAAGGAUUGUUUAUUUUGAGGUGGAGAUCUUGGACUGUAAGACUAAAGAGAAGCUGCUGUUGCUGGACAAGGUGGAGCCAACAGCCACAGUUUUGGAUAUUAAAUCCUUGUUUCACAAAUCGUAUCCAAAGUGGUAUCCAGCCAGACAGUCUCUGCGUUUGGAUCCAAAGGCCAAGUGUCUCAGGGACGAGGAAGUUCUCCAAACGCUACCUGUGGGAACCACAGCCAGCUUUUAUUUCAGUGACCUGGGACCCCAGCUCACAUGGGGAACAGUAAGGCCACACAAAUACACUCAAUGUUUUUGACUAUUUCACCGGGAAAUGUUAAUCAUAGCCACUCUGCAUUGUGUUAGGUGUCCAAAAAGUUUAAACUUGCUUUUGCUCGACUGAAAGAGCUUUUUUCUUCUCUUAAUUUGAUAUUUGUUUUUUCCAGUACGCAAGAUCUCCUAUCUAAUCUGUUUCUCAAUAGCUUUUUUCCAUCGUCAUGUCUGCCUAUUGAAGUGUUGCACAUAACUGAAAGCCAGAACCUAAAGAGAGAGAUUUUCACCUCGUUUUUCAAAGCGUUGAAUCCGCUUCGGUAGUUCCCUAACAUUCAUGUGCUUUAAAUAUAAACCGACACCCUCAGUACCUCCUGAGCAUAAAUACCAGUCUGAAGUGACAGAUAGAGGUGAUUUGCUGUCGUUCACGCCCCCUCCCACCCCMUGCACUGCGUGUCCUCUCCAGCAGGACAUAUAAUCUCAUGGCCCCAUUUCUGCCGAAGGUGUUUAUCCCUCUGACCUCUCACUUGCCUUUUACUGUGCCUCAUUAUUCACCCUUACCUACACUGUUCUUUCACCCCCCCACGCCCCCGACUUGCCCCAGCCGAAACCACCAGGUGCUACCGGUCAGGCAACCUGAGCCGAGGCUCCUCCUGKAGGUGCUGACUCAGGAAUCUGUUUUCACUGUCAGCUGAGAUGCUCCGCUUGAUCGCAUAAGCGUUACAAGUUGUAAGAUUUGCUUUAUAGGUGUAUUAUUUUGCAUUAAAUGUGACAGCUCGGAGAAAGUAGGGCAACUGCUUCUGCGCUGAGGUGCCACGGUAAAACGAGCUCCUGGAGAAGCCAAGGCCUUCGCUGGUGUCGGUUACAUGUUAGGUCUCCUUUUGGCAGAUAUUUUACACCGCCAACAUUCCUUUCAGAUAUCCGGUAUUUAAGGUUUCCUGGUGACUACGUUUCAUACAGUGCUGGGCAGGUUUACUGUAAGAGUCGAUGGGAGUCAGAUGGCUGUGAACAGAGGUUGAGUUUUGAAUCUUUUGAACCAUUUUGGUGUUAAUUUGGUGGAGUGUUUUUGAUCAAACAAAAAGAUUCAGCAAUGACCUAGUUUCAUGUUAGCAGUAUAGUUUCCAUAUAUUUACCCUGUUGUUGCUUCAAACCUAUCUGGAGGUUUAUGUCUGAAAAGCAUCUAACCCA